CCAACUCCUAGCUUGCUGUUAGCUGCAGGAAUGGGUCGACAACCUUGCUGUUCAAAGGAAGGCUUGAACAGAGGAGCAUGGACAGCCUUGGAAGACAAAAUUCUCACAGAUUACAUUCAACUCCAUGGAGCUGGAAAUUGGAGGAGCCUUCCCCAAAGAGCAGGUCUUAAAAGGUGUGGGAAGAGUUGCAGGUUGAGGUGGAUAAAUUAUCUAAGGCCAGAUAUUAAGAGAGGAAACAUUACUCAUGAUGAAGAAGAACUCAUUAUCCGACUUCACAAGCUUCUUGGAAACAGAUGGUCUCUAAUAGCUGGACGGCUUCCAGGCCGAACGGACAAUGAAAUCAAGAACUACUGGAACACCACCAUCUUCAAAAAACUACAAGUCGGCAAUGGCCAAACUUCUGACCGCAAACAAGUAAAUCAACACCGGAAAAUCUGUAACAUGGUAACUGAGGCUGCAAGCACAAAAAAUUCAUUUGCCAUCCGGACCAAACCAAGAAGGUUAAAAACUUCUUUCCCAUUGAUGGUCCCUGUAAGAUCAGCAGCAGCAAUUGAAGGUGAUCACUCAAGGAACCAUGACAAUGCCGUGGAGACGCUACAAACAUCGGAACUUUUUUCCAAGGAAUGCGAGCCUUCGACAUUCGUGAAGGACUUCGAGAUGGAUGAGAAAUUCUUUUUGGAGUUUCUCAAUAUAGAAUUUGAAGGCUCAUGUGAGCAGCAUUCUCCUUGUACUAAUAAUAAUGAUAGUGGGGGAGAUCAUAGCAAUGGUUACAACUGUUGUGAUCAGCAGUUAGGGCAUUCAUCCUCACCGGAUUCCGAUAACCACUCCGUCGGCAUCUUCUUUUCCGAUAACAUGCCACAAGAGUACCCGGGAUCAUUCAUUGACUAUGAAUCUGAUUGGCUACAAGAUUACAUGGCAAAUCCUCAUUAGUCAAUAUGUACUUAAGAAAUAAGAAGAGUAGAGAAGAGAAGCGUGUCUCUUUUGUCUUUGUAAUUUAUUUCAAGUCGUUAGCCAGACAGCUGUCCUCUCUUUCCAAGGAAAAAAUAAAUGUUUCCCUACUUA